AUGGAUGAGGAUCAAGGACCACAAUCCAUUGCGCCUGAACAUGCACCGUCCAAGACAAUUGCUCAGCGUUGCAAUGGUCUUGUUAAAGCGUUCACAACUAGACACGGUCUGAUCGGCGAUUACGACUAUGGCUUCCUCUUUCGGCCAAACCUGCCUUUCAUGAAGAAGAGCGUUAACCCAAGCCCUUUCUUUGGACUCAACGACAAGAUGCCAGUUCUUCUUGGUUUACUCUUGGGGUUCCAACAUGCAUUGGCCAUGUUAGCAGGUGUCAUUACGCCACCCAUUAUCAUCAGUGGCAGCGCCAAUCUAUUGCCUGAACAACAACAAUACCUUGUCUCGACUGCCCUUAUUGUCUCAGGCAUCUUUUCCGCUGUCCAGAUUACUCGCUUCAGACUUUUUGGCACACAAUAUUAUCUCGGUACUGGAGUACUGUCAGUCGUGGGCGUGUCUUUUAGUGUGAUUCCCGUAGCGCAAGGAAGUCUCGCCCAGAUGUACGCGAAUGGCUUUUGUCCUUCCGACUCUGACGGAAACCCUUUGCCCUGCCCUGAGGGAUAUGGAGCCAUCCUGGGCACCUCGGCCGUAUGCGCUCUUGUCAACAUUCUAGUUUCUUUCAUCCCUGCCAAGUUCCUGUUACGAGUACUACCACCUAUCGUUACCGGCCCUACAGUCAUGCUUAUUGGCAUCAAGCUCAUCAAGUCGGGUUUCUCCAACUGGAUGGGAGGCAGCGGAGGUUGUAUGACAGCUACUGAUGGAUUGUUCGCCCUGUGCCCUAAUAUCAACGCACCCCAUCCUCUGCCCUGGGGAUCUGCAGAAUUCUUGGGCUUGGGAUUCUCAGUAUUUGCCGCCAUCAUCUUGUGUGAACGAUUUGGUUCACCUAUUAUGAAAUCCACGUCAGUCGUCAUUGGACUGCUGGUAGGGUGCAUCAUCGCUGCCGCUGCUGGCUAUUUUGACCGAUCCGGCAUCGACGCAGCUCCUGUUGCAUCGUUCGCAUGGGUGCACACCUUCCCACUCUCAGUUUAUGGACCUCUAGUCCUUCCUCUUAUUGCAGUUUACCUUGUCUGUGCUACUGAAGCCAUCGGUGAUGUCACGGCUACAUGCGAUGUUUCGAAACUCGAGGUCACUGGAAAGACUUAUGAGUCUCGUAUCCAGGGUGGUAUCUUGUCUGAUGGUCUUGCAGGUUGCAUUGGUGCCCUGAUGACAAUGACUCCCAUGUCCGUCUUUGCCCAGAACAACGGCGUCAUUGUUCUCACCCGCUGUGCUAAUCGUAAAGCUGGUCUUGCUUGCGCAAUGUUCUUGGUUAUCAUGGGCAUUUUCGCGAAGUUUGCUGCGGCCCUUAUCGCCAUACCGUCAGCUGUUCUUGGCGGCAUGACUACCUUCCUCUUCAGCGCUGUUGCUGUCUCUGGAAUGUCAAUCAUCGUCCGUGGUGUGCCAUUUACUCGACGCAACCGCUUCAUUCUCACUGCUGGCUUUGCUUUGGGUUACGGCGCCACACUUCUUCCAAAUUACUUUGACAAUGUCUUCACAUAUAAGGGAGACAAUCGCUCCUUGCAGGGAUUCUUGGACGCCAUUGUACUUAUUAUGGAGACCGGAUUUGCGAUUGCCGCCAUAGUUUGCGUGGUAUUGAACCUCACACUCCCCGAAGAGCUGGGAGAUGAUAUUGAUGCUGCACGAUCGACAACGAACAUCACGAUGCACGAGGAGACAGAGCAGAACAAGGCCAUCGCGGGAUCAAGUCGAGAUCAUAGUAUUGAUCCGAAAAAGGAGGGUUGA